AUGGCCGGUUUCCCGCGAUGCCCGGAACCCAGGCAAUUCGUGCUGCAUCGAUGGGACAUGCUACCUCUCUCGGUAUCAACGUGGCGGCUCGACCAUCUUCUCCGAAAAGGCCGGUCGGGUGGGCGGCGAGCAGGUCAGGCAGCCCGCCAGAGUUCCGCCAAUGCCGCAGGGCGCACGUCUGAUGCUGCUGGCGCGGGCCAGCAGUUCCGCCACGCUGCAGGGAGCAACACCGCCGCUGCUGCAUCUGGCGGGCUGCUUGGCGAGACCGCUGGGCGCACGUCUGCUGCUGCUGACGCAGGCCAGCAGUUCCGCCACGCCGCAGGGAGCAACACCGCCGCUGCUGCAUCUGGCGGGCUGCUUGGCGAGACCGCUGGGCUGACGUCUGCUGCUGCUGGCACAGGUCAGCAGUUCCGCCACGCUGCAGGGACGACCUCGGCCUACACUGCACCGGGCGGUCAGCUGCGCCAGGCCGCUGGGAGCAGCUCUCCUGACCCUCCAUCUGGCGGUUUGUUCCGCCAGCCUGCGGGUCUGACCUCCGGCGAUCCUGCACCUGGCGGUUCGUUGGGGCAAACCGCAUUGAACAGCUCUCCUGAUCCUGCACCAGGCGGUCCGUUUAGCCAGGCCGCUGGGAGGAGCUCUCCUGACCCUGCAUCAGGUUGUCGGUUGGGGCACGAGGAUGGGAGGAGAUCCGCUGACCCUUCAGCUGGGGGCCAACUGGGACAAGUGGCUGGGUGGAGCUCUGCCAACACUCCUACUGGCGCUCAUUUGGUCCAGACCGCUGGAAGACCUACAGCCGACCAUGCUCCUGACAAGAUGCGCACGAUAGCUGCUGGGCACACCUCCACUGAGACCCAUGAUGGCAGCAUGUUCCUGCCGUCAUGCGAACCGGUUCCGGACGCCCCUUUCUGCCCGUCUGCUGGCAUGACCUCUGCCGACCCUGCUGUUGAUGGCGUGUUAGGCCAGGCUGCUUGGAGGACCGACGCCAAUCCUGCUGCUGGCGUGCUGCUAAGGCCAACCGCGAGGCGCAUCCCCGACGACACCAACACUAACGGCGUGUUCUCCCCGCCUGGAGGCGCCGAGCUUGGCGGCCACUUUGGCGAGGCCAAUGGGAGGACCUGGACCAACUCUGGAGCAGACGAGCCGCUCAUCCCGAACGCUGGUGGAACCGAGGCCGGUGAUGCUGUGGGCGGUCAGACAGGAGAUGCGUAUGGGCGGGCCACUACACACGCUGCUGAUCAUGAACUGCACGGGCAUGUGGCAGAACCGACCUCUGAUGUUGAAGAGGCGCGUGCCGCACAUCGUGCUCUCCAGCGUGAGAACCAGCGGCUGUUGAAUGAGCUUGAAGAGCUUAGGCGUUCGCUUUCUCGGUCAACGUCACCUGCUGAGACCUCUGGUGGUGCGGGCGAGCAGCAGGAACCGUCUCCAAACUCUGGGAAUGUCGCAGCUAAUGUGCAGCCAGGAAGGCAUCCCAUCGUACCGAUCAACGAUCGGCUGCUUGGGAGGGCCGUGGGGAACGCUCACGCCCGGGGAACCGAGCAUGGCCUGCAACACUUGACCCCGGAGCAGGAGGUCCUCGCAUUCGACCUUGCUGCAGCGAUGAGGCGAGUCCCCGAGGUCAACAAAGGGCUUUAUGUGGCAAUGUUGGAUGCACUCACCGUUCUUUUCUGGGAUAUGCCGGAUAGUAGGAUGGACUUCUGGCCAUCUCGGAAGGUGCUGCUGGGAGCGCUUGCUGCUGCUUUGAAGUACAAGACGGUUGCAGUCCUACUGGUGCACAGCUGCAUAGUGCUCACUGGCGAUUCAAGGGAGGGUGCUGAAGACUCUGUUCUCAUCCCACCUUGUCUCAACUCCCACUUCCCUCCUCUCUCCCAUGUGCCUUCCCCAAAUCCUUUCGAUGGGUCUUACGAUCUGUACACGUGGCAUUGCAACCAGAACGGGGUCCCUUUCUCCAACGCUGUCUUCACGCGCUUGAUUGCGGCGUCUUUCCGCCGCGAUGGGGAGGAUGUCCUUGCGCUGAAGCUCAAACAGAUUGCUUUUUGGCUGUAUGGGAAGCUUCUAUCGCAACGUCUUAAAACACCCUGCACAGUUGUUGUGCGCUCUCUCCCCCCCGUGUCCCUCUCCUCCUCUCGACAGGUGCGUGAGGACCGCGUGCCAGCAGUAGCAGGCCGCAUGGUGCUGCGCGAGUGGCUGGCUGCGCCUGGUGCUGCGCCUUCGACGUUGGGGGGAUGGGGAGGAGGGGAAGAGGGGAUUAGGGGAGACGGGGGGAUAAAGGGUGCCUCGCGGGUCAUGCGCGAGUGGUCGCACCUACGAGGGAGUGAGGGCAGGUUGUCCUCUGUUCUCUGCCACGCAUCUCCCACACCCCUCUCCCACACCCCUCUCCCACACCCCUCUCCCACACCCCUCUCCCACACCCCUCUCCCACACCCCUCUCCCACACCCCUCUCCCACACCCCUCUCCCACACCCCUCUCCCACACCCCUCUCCCACACCCCUCUCCCACACCCCUCUCCCGCACCCCUCUCCCGCACCCCUCUCCCGCACCCCUCUCCCGCACCCCUCUCCCCCACCCCUCUCCCACACCCCUCUCCCGCACCCCUCUCCCGCACCCCUCUCCCCCACCCCUCUCCCACACCCCUCUCUCGCACCCCUCUCCUGCACCCCUCUCCCGCACCCCUCUCCCACACCCCUCUCCCACACCCCUCUCCCGCACCCCUCUCCCCCACCCCUCUCCCACACCCCUCUCCCGCACCCCUCUCCCGCACCCCUCUCCCCCACCCCUCUCCCACACCCCUCUCUCGCACCCCUCUCCCGCACCCCUCUCCCGCACCCCUCUCCCACACCCCUCUCCCACACCCCUCUCCCGCACCCCUCUCCCACACCCCUCUCCCCCACCCCUCUCCCACACCCCUCUCCCCCACCCCUCUCCCCCACCCCUCUCCCCCACCCCUCUCCCCCACCCCUCUCCCACACCCCUCUCCCACACCCCUCUCCCACACCCCUCUCCCACACCCCUCUCCCCCACCCCUCUCCCCCACCCCUCUCCCACACCCCUCUCCCACACCCCUCUCCCACACCCCUCUCCCACACCCCUCUCCCACACCCCUCUCCCACACCCCUCUCCCACACCCCUCUCCCACACCCCUCUCCCACACCCCUCUCCCGCACCCCUCUCCCGCACCCCUCUCCCGCACCCCUCUACCCCACCCCUCUCCCACACCCCUCUCCCGCACCCCUCUCCCGCACCCCUCUCCCCCACCCCUCUCCCACACCCCUCUCUCGCACCCCUCUCCCGCACCCCUCUCCCGCACCCCUCUCCCGCACCCCUCUCCCGCACCCCUCUCCCGCACCCCUCUCCCGCACCCCUCUCCCGCACCCCUCUCCCACACCCCUCUCCCACACCCCUCUCCCACACCCCUCUCCCACACCCCUCUCCCCCACCCCUCUCCCCCACCCCUCUCCCACACCCCUCUCCCACACCCCUCUCCCGCACCCCUCUCCCACACCCUUCUCCCACACCCCUCUCCCCCACCCCUCUCCCACGCCCCUCUCCCACACCCCUCUCCCAUACCCCUCUCCCACACCCCUCUCCCCCACCCCUCUCCCACACCCCUCUCCCACACCCCUCUCCUGCACCCCUCUCCCCCACCCCUCUCCCCUGACCCUCUCCCCCGACCCUCUCUCCCGACCCUCUACCACCCCACCCUAGCCCUGUUAGGAGGAGCCCCCGAGGAGGAGGCAAAAUUCGGUGGCCGGCACACAUCCCCUCUCCCCAACACCCCUCCUUUAAGCUUCUCUCCCAACCCUUCCCCCCCUCUUCACCCCCCGCCCCCUCUCUCGGUCUCCCCUAUUCACGCUCCCCCCUCGCCCUGCUGCUGUCAGGAAGAGCCAGCCCCCGAGGAGGCAGUGUAA